AUGAGACUUAUUCAAACUCAUGUGAUAAUCUUCUUAGUGUUAGUCACCAUUGCAACAUCAUCAACUAGAGCCCAAAGAAGUCCUCAUGUCCGAAACCACCAUGGACUCUCUAUUGCCAUCGAAGAAAUGGAAAAAGCGAACUACUUCUCUUUCGUGAUGCUCAUCAACAUGUUACAACCCGUAAACCCUAAACUUUUAGUCAAUAUCACAUUCUUGAUGCCAAAAGACAAAAUCCUUUCAAGAUCACACAUUGUUCAACAAGAUUCGGUUACCGAGUUCUUGCUUCGCCAUUCGAUCCCUUCUCCUCUUCUUUUCGAGCAGCUCAGUCUCAUCCCCAACGGUUCCAUUGUUCCUUCCUCUUUGCCACAUUACAACCUCAAGAUCUCCAACGGUGGAAGAUCAGACUACUACCUCAACAACGUCAAGAUCAUAAGCCGCAACAUUUGUAACUUAGGCUCUAUCAAAUGUCAUGGAAUCGACGGUAUACUUCGAUCUCCAAGUAGCGUCGACGAUGAUUCCUCUCAACAUAAUCACACUGUCCCCAUUAUUUCUUGCCCUAGCAGCCGAAACAAUAGUGACGAUGAUAGCCAUUACAAUGGUGAUUACAGUGAUGAUCACAAUAGUUCUCGUCCUGACCAUACUCAUACCGUUCCUUCUCCCUCAAGCAGCCCAAUUAACCUGCCAAAAUCAGAUUCUACUAAGCUGCUUGGAGGGGAAAUGAUUGCAUUUAUCGUUGUUUAUAUACUCGGACUAUUAUUAAGUGUGAUCGGCAUGAAGUACCCUGCUCUGAAUCUUCCUUCAUUUCUUAAUCCCUUGGAGAUUCCCGGGGUAAUUAUGGCUCAGAAGUGUGCGAUUAGCUUGAUCUCAGCUCUAGCAGCUUCCGCUUCACUCUCGAAGGGGAAUUUCGCUGCCGCGGAUGGUCCUUUCACCUUCUCCGGCUUCUCCACUUCUCCGGCAGCUUCGAGUCCUCAGCAGCAAGGUGCUCCUCCGCCGGCGCCGGGAUCUCAGAAAGAUCCGGCAGCAGCUGGCAAAGAAUCUGAUGCUCCUCCACGGAUUCGGAACGAUAAUCCGAGAACGACUUCCGCUGGGUUUGAUCCUGAGGCGUUGGAGCGAGGAGCUAAGGCCUUGAAGGGCAUAAACAACUCCGCUCAUGCGAAAAAGGUAUUUGAAAGUAUUAAGACGCAAGAAGAGACGAGGCAAGCUGAGUUUACUGCUAAGGCGCAAGAGUUUAAAGCUAUGCAAUCCCAAGCUGAAACUGAGAGGCAAAGGGUAAUAUAUGAUGAACAGAAGAAACUUGCGCAGCACCAAGCACAAACGAAAUCACAAAUGGCCCGCUAUGAAGAUGAGUUAGCAAGAAAAAGGAUGCAGGCUGAGAAUGAGUCCCAGAGGACAAGAAAUCAAGAACUUGUGAAAAUGCAAGAAGAAUCAGCGAUCAGGCGGGAGGUUGCUCGACGUGCUACUGAAGAAGAGAUUCAAGCACAGAGACGACAAACAGAGAGGGAGAAAGCUGAGAUUGAACGUGAGACUAUCAGGGUGAAAGCUAUGGCUGAAGCUGAAGGGAGAGCCCGUGAAUCGAAGCUCUCUGAAGAUGUCAACAGGAGAAUGCUUGUCGAUCGUGCAAAUGCAGAAAGAGAGAAAUGGGUUUCAGCCAUAAACACUACAUUCGAUCACAUUGGAGGGGGCUUGCGUAUGAUUCUAACGGAUCAAAAUAAGCUGGUUGUUGCUGUUGGAGGUCUUACUGCUCUUGCAGCUGGGAUCUACACAACGAGAGAAGGUGCAAAAGUUAUCUGGAGCUACGUGGAUAGAAUAUUAGGACAGCCUUCUCUAAUUAGAGAAUCAUCUAGAGGAAAGUACCCUUGGUCUGGUUCGUUUUCUCGUGCCUUGUCCACGUUGCGCGGUGGUGCUAAGGAAGCUGCAUCCCAAAACGGAAAAGGUUUUGGUGAUGUUAUUUUGCAUCCUUCUCUUCAGAAGAGAAUCGAACAGCUAGCUAGUGCAACGGCCAACACAAAAGCACACCAAGCACCUUUCCGUAAUAUGCUUUUCUACGGUCCACCGGGAACAGGAAAGACAAUGGCUGCCCGAGAGCUGGCUCGCAAAUCUGGUCUGGAUUAUGCGUUGAUGACGGGUGGAGAUGUUGCUCCACUUGGAGCUCAGGCUGUUACAAAGAUACACCAAUUGUUUGACUGGUCCAAGAAAUCUAAGAGAGGCUUGUUGCUCUUCAUCGAUGAAGCAGAUGCAUUUCUAUGCGAGAGGAACAAAACAUACAUGAGUGAAGCUCAAAGGAGUGCACUAAACGCACUCCUCUUCCGCACUGGUGACCAGUCCAAAGACAUAGUCCUAGCGCUAGCCACAAACCGACCCGGUGAUCUAGACUCAGCGGUGUCUGACCGUGUCGACGAGACCCUUGAGUUCCCAUUGCCUGGAGAAGAAGAGCGCUUCAAGCUUCUAAACCUCUACCUAGACAAGUACAUAACUAAGACUAAUCUAAAGAAGCCGGGUUUGCUCCAAAGCCUUUUCAAGAAAGAACAGCAGAAGAUUGAGGUUAAAGGCGUCACCGAGGAUCUCCUGAAGGAAGCUGCUGCGAAAACAAAAGGGUUCUCGGGUAGAGAGAUUGCGAAACUGAUGGCGAGCGUUCAAGCUGCUGUGUAUGGAAGUGCGGACUGCUUGUUGGACGCAAGCCUUUUCAGAGAGGUCAUUGAUUACAAAGUUGCAGAGCAUCAACAGAGAAGAAAACUAGCUGGAAAAGAUACAGGUAACAACAAGAAGUGA